AUGCGAUUAGAGGGAGAGCGAGAAAGGAAGAGUGUUCGUCUAUCAAAGUUGAACAAAAGCAGCAGUUCUUGGAGGAAGAGAUUAGCAUCCUGGAGGAAGUUAAAGCUUUUGUUCUCUUCGGAUUCUCCUGUCAGCUCCUCCUCUUUUAGUUCAGCAAGAGAUCCUGUGCGCCCUGUUGUUGCUAUUCCAUUCACUGAGGUGUGCCUAUCUUCUGGUAAUGAGGAUCAACCUCCUGUCAUUUCUAAUACACUAGAAAAUCGAGAGUGCUUUCUUCCAGUUGAGAGUGUUGUUAUAGGGCGUGGAGAGUUCCGUUACACUCCUGAUGUAUCUAAUUUGCUCAAUGAUCGUGCUUCACCGUCUUCUAAAAAAAAUAUGCCUCCCAGGUCUGCAUCAUCUAUUAAUGAAGAAACUUCUUCUUUUCCAGCAAGCAAUUUUAACCAGUCUACAGUGACCUCUGCUCGCCAGAGAAGGAAAAAAAAUAGGAAUACUCCUCUUCAUCCAUCCUCUGCAAUUUCUGCACAUAGCAAGAAACGUAGUAACUCUUCUACCGUGAGAACAGAGAAUGCAGGGAGAAAACGGAGGCGUGGCCAGCCAAAUCUUUCCCUCGUGAACAAUAUUCCUAAUGAGUCUUUGGCUUUGCCUGAUGCUACUCCUUGUGGCCAUUGUGGGGCGAAAAGAUUCCAUUUGGAACCGCCUAAUUUUUGCUGCGCAGGAGGAGAAAUUUCUGUUGUCGCUCCUCCUAUGCCUUACGAUUUGAAGGGCUUAUUUAUUGGUAGCGAUGAGGAGAGCUUCCAUUUUAGGAAUAAUGCUCGCACUUACAACAAUAACUUAGGCUUCACAUCAUUUACUGCUAAAUAUGAUUCUGAACUAACAAAGAACACCAAAGGUGUUUACAUCUUUCGUGUUCAAGGUCAGGUUUAUCAUUUUCUUAAUGGCCUUGUCCGGUCAGACGAUACAGCAUCUGGGAUUCAACUAUACUUCUUCGACACUGAUGAAGAAUUAGCAAAGAGGGUUGCUGCUUCUGAUAAGUUGCGAGCAACCACAUUAAGACUCCUUAUGCGCAUUCUUAGUGACAAUCCUUAUGCUAAGUUCUUCAGAAACCUUAGCCAUGUUCCAAACAUUAACAACUUGAACAUUGUACUUUGCUGUUAUCCCGCCCUUGACCAGCGAGUUUAUAACCUUCCUUCUGCGUCCCAAGUUGCAGCAAUAUGGACUGAAAAUCAAGAUGAAUCAGACCAUAUGGGCGCUCAUAUUCAAGUGUAUACUCAUUCAAAUAGCAGCUAUAGAAUUAAACAUUACCAUGGCUGCUAUGAUCCAUUGCGAUACCCUAUUCUGUUUCCCUGCGGUGAAUGCGAGUGGCACCCUGGAGUUAAAAGAGCUCGAAAAAGAAAGAGAAGAGAGGAUUCCUGUGAGGAAGAUAUCAAUAUUCAUCCUUCUUCGGUCGAUUCUGCAUCAAGUUUAUUGGAUCGUGAACAAAGAGCUGCUGAUCGUUCAAAAAAUAAAGAAGACACGGUGUCAGCUAGGGAAUACUACUGUUACAGAUUUCAGAUCAGAGAUGAUGAUGAAUCAAUGUUACUGCACUCACUUAGACUAUUACAACAGUAUGCAGUAGAUGGUUAUGUUAAGAUUGAAACGUCUAGGCUUGACUUUCAUAGAAACCGACAGAACAACAUUCGUUCUGAGGUUCUUCAAGGAGUCCUAGACAGUAUUUCUAUAAGCCAAACCAAUGCUUCUAAAGUUGGCCGUAGAACCAUAUUACCAGCUUCCUUUAUAGGUAGACCAAGGGACAUGAGACGUCGAUAUCUUGAUGACAGACCGGACCUUCUGGCUAGAGUCUUUAGAGCCAAGUUUGAAUUGCUGAAAUCAGAAGUUUUGAACAAACAAAUCUUUGGAGAAGUUGCAGCGUAUGUUUAUGUGAUUGAGUUCCAAAAACGUGGAUUCCCACAUGCGCAUAUGCUACUAAUUUUGAAGCUUGAAUACAAGCUCCUAAAUCCAGAGUCAUAUGAUAGAGUGGUCUGCGCUAAAAUACCUGAUCGUUUUAAGCAUCCUCAUCUAUAUUCACUUGUUGUGAAGCAUAUGAUUCAUGGUCCUUGUGGUGAUAUGGAUAGAACUUGCCCUUGUAUGAAGGAUGGUCGUUGUAAAAAUCACUAUCCAAAGAGUUUUUGUAGCCAAACGACUCAUGCUGAAGAUAGUUAUCCACAAUACAGAAGGAGGGAUGAUUGA